UGUAUGAAAGCAUAGGAACAUUUGCUUUACACUCCAGAAAUUCGAGCUUUAAAUAUAUACAAUUAUUCAGCAUAAAAAGGUCAGAGUUUAGAUUGAGACAAAUUUAAGUAAAUUUGGAAUCAAUUUUGCCUGAAUGGAUAACGAUGAGAAUCAGGUGCAGCCUGUGCUGGAAACCAUUCCGCCUGGCAAUCGGUGGGCAGACUUGGCAGAGAUAACCAGAGGCUCGGAGCAGCUGAUGGAGAGUGUCACCUGUAGACUGGAUGCCCUGAACACGGCGCUCGAUCGUCUGGAGGAGCGGACUGAUCGAAUUCUUGUGGAGCUGCGGCAAUUGGUUGGCACAGAGAAUCUGCGCAAAGGUCACGAAGGCUGUGGAGAUCCAGGUGCCGAUGAAUAGGCUAAUAUAAUUCAUCAUUUAAGUCUUUCACGAUAUAUACUAUAUGUAAUUAAAGGAUAACGAAUGCUUAGUAGAUAAUUUAGAUGUUAAAUAAAUUCGA